UGGUGGAACCAGGUGGUUCCUACCAGUAAAACAGCAAAUCUCGAGACGCGACGCACAAUGCUUAUGGACCGUAUCUGUUCUGAGGCAGCUACUAACGGAUGUUUUAAUCGUUUGUUAAACUGGCCACCGACACGUCAUCGUAGUGCCAAGGGCCGAGGCCGCCGGUGUCUCAGCGCCGCUCCGUUGCUGCUGUCGACGAUUCGUCGCCAGCAGCGAGAUGCACCACCCGACACGGGCAGGCGUGCGGGGCGGCCAGGACCAGUUCAACUGGGACGACGUGAAGACGGACAAGUACAGGGAGAACUACCUGGGAAAUUCACUGAUGGCACCCGUGGGCCGUUGGCAGAAGGGCAAGGACCUAUCAUGGUUCGCAAAGGAUAAAGAUGGGACCAAUCGGGCACUGUCUCGGCAAGAAGAGCUGGCGGCUGUGAAGCAAGCUGAAGAGGAGGCACUUAUGACUGCACUAGGAUACAAGAAUGUGAAGAAACAGCCCACUGGACUGACACGCGAGGAAUUUGCGGACAUCUGCAAGCGAGGGACAUUGGAAAGGGAUGAAAAGGACAUCGAGCGAGUUUCUGGUUUUGGCUCUUCACGCCCUUCCCAUAUGCUGUCAAAGGAAGACAAAGAGGCUCAAAAGCAAGGAUUGGCUGUCUUCACGCAUCAUCAGGCUGACAAGAAAGUGACUACUGAGAACACAGACAAAGAACAAAAGAGGAAUAAGAAAAAAAAAUCUAAGAAAGAAAAACGUAAGAAAGAAAAGAAAAAAAAGCACUCCAAAAAUACAAAUAUCAGUGGCUGCUCGUCCUCUGACUCAGACGAUGGAAAACGGUUCUCCAGCACUAAACAGAGGCAAUCUCCACGUCCAUCGGAACUGGAGACAAAGUCAAGAUACGAUGGCAGAAAGGAGCACGAGAGAUUCCCUGGGCCUCGGCACAGGAGCAACUCGGAUUGCUCCAUGGAGAGAGAUGGGCCUGGUGGCAGCCACAAGCGCCCACGCCGCACACCACCACCGCCGAGGCAGCAGAAAGGCGUUUCCAUCAGAGACCAACACACAUCAAGGCACAGACACGACUCUGACAGCUCGCAGGAGGGCAGGGAGAGGAGGGAUUCCAGGCGCACCCGAGACUCAUCACCACACAAGUCCAGGCAUGGACGCCCCUCCCACAGCCCUGGGGGCCCCAGAGGCCCGAGCUUGCAUGGCAGACGCUCACCCCCAUCCACACGCCCAUCACAGCAACGUCGACGCAGACACGACUCGGACUGAAUAUUCAAAAAUCUGCUGUCCACUGAAUACUGCAGAUUUUUGUUCACUGCUUUGUAUUUUUAUGUAAUGAAUGAAAACGUGUGAUGUCUGUCAAUAAACCAGUUACUUUAUAA